GCGGAGGCUGGGCGCUGGUGCCUUGGAGAGGGAGGCCCCUUCCAUUGCCUUUCAUAGGGUUCAUGCUGGCAGGGAUUUACUGGAGUAGCUGCGCACGUCGAACGAUCCGCUGUGCAAAACCCCCCCAAUUCAGCGAUAUAUAAGAAAGGCAGCUGAGGAUAAUUCUCCAUGAAUGUACGUCACAAUGAUGAUGACCGACCAAAUGCCACUGGAUCUGCCACCCAUGCUGAAUGGGGAGGUAGCAAUGAUGCCGCAUCUACUAAAUGGAGAUGGAUCACAGCAGGUCAUUCUAGUUCAGGUUAACCCAGGAGAAACCUUCACAAUAAGGGCAGAAGAUGGAACUCUGCAGUGCAUUCCAGGUCCUGCUGAAGUUCCUAUGAUGUCUCCAAAUGGAUCUAUCCCACCGAUACAUGUUCCUCCUGGUUACAUCUCACAGGUAAUAGAAGAUUCUGCAGGCGUUCGGCGAGUUGUGGUUACACCUCAGUCCCCGGACUGUUAUCCUCCCAGUUAUCCUUCAGCCAUCUCUCCAACCCACCAUUUACCUCCUUACCUUGCACACCACCCACAUUUCCUCCACAAUUCACACACCCCAUUUUAUCCACCAGUUACCGGUCCUGGGGACAUACCACCUCAAUUCUUCCCCCAUCAUCUUCCACCAAUUUAUGGAGAACAAGAAAUAAUACCACUGUAUGGAAUGUCAAGCUACAUCACAAGGGAAGACCAGUACUGCAAGCCUCUACACAAAAAGUUAAAAGACCGACAGAUAGACAGACAAAACCGACUGAAUAGUCCCCCAGCCACUCUCUACAAAAACCAUCUUGGAAACUGCACGUCUGUUUACAAUGGCAAUAACAAAGUUUACAAUGGAGGAGUAUGUGGUGGGGUUGGUGGUGUAACAGGGAUAAAGAAGACAGAACGAAGAGCUAGAAGUAGCCCCAAGUCAAUCGAGCAAGACACACAAGAGUAUGAAUCGGACGUAAAGAAGUCUCACGAAGCCCUUACUGGGAUAGAAAAACUGAUGGUUUCCAAUAUUGAAUCCAGGACAGCGCUAGUAACAUGGUCUCCUCCUAAUGGUUAUCCAAGUGGAGAUAAGCACAAUAAUGGCGUGUCUUAUGCCUGCAGUUAUGAGGUGGCCUUAUCAGACAAAGGGAGAGAUGGGAAAUACAAGAUUAUUUACAGUGGAGAAGAAUUAGAAUGUCAUUUGAAAGACCUUAGGCCGGCAACGGAUUAUCAUGUCAGAGUAUAUACAGUGAAUAAAUCGGUAAAGGAAUCCUGCUCAGAGCCCAUCAGUUUCACCUCCCACAGCUGUGCACCAGAAUGUCCUUUCCCACCUAAGCUUUCCCACAGAACGAAAAGCUCUUUGUCAUUACAUUGGAAGGCACCGGCUGAUAAUGGCUCUAAAAUCACCAACUACCUAUUGCAAUGGGAUGAGGGAAAACGAAAUAGUGUGUUUAGAGAAUGUUAUUCUGGAAACCAAAGGCACUGCAAGGUGGCAAAGCUUUGCCCAGCAAUGGGAUAUACAUUCAGAGUAGCAGCACGCAAUGAUAUUGGUAAAAGUGAAUACAGCCAAGAAGUUGUUUACUAUACAUCAGGCAUUAUCCCACAGACACCCUUUGCACCUAAGCUUAUUCGAGCUGGAAUUACAUGGAUUACAUUGCAAUGGACGAGACCAGAUGGAUGUUUCCCAGAGGAGUUGGUUUCUUACACUCUGGAGAUUCAGGAGGAUAAUGACAGUGUUUUUCAAACUGCCUACACUGGAGAAGAAUUAACUUGUACUGUGAAUAAUCUCCAAAGAAGCACACAAUAUAAAUUUAGGAUUAUAGCUUCUAAUGUUGAAGGAAAUAGCAGUCCGAGUGAAAUUUUGGUCUGCACAACGAGUCCAGAUAGACCAGGACCACCAUCCCGACCAUCAGUGAAGGGUGUUGUCGCAGCACAUGGAUUCACAGUUCAAUGGGAUCCUCCGGAGGACAGUGGUGGUUCAGAAAUUCUGAAAUACUUGUUGGAACUGUGUGAAGGAGCUUCUGAAGCGACCCAGUGGAAAGUGGCGUAUAGUGGAUCAGCGACAGUUUAUACCUGUAAUGACUUGAAAUCUGGCACUUUAUAUAAACUUCGUGUAUGUUCCAUCAGCACAGGAGGACACAGUCAGUGCUCAGAGAGUCAACCAAUUCGGACGUUAAGUGUUGCACCAGGACUUUGCCAGCCACCAAGGGUUGUGGGCAAACCCAAGCACAAAGAAAUUCAGUUACAAUGGGAUGCCCCUGUAACACCGCCCGACUGCCAGGUGCUGGAGUACAGCUUAGACAUCUCUGACCCUGGAGGAGAAGGCACUGAAGUGUAUCAUGGAAGCGAUUUGGAGUGUACAAUUAGCAGUCUUCUUCCUGGAACUACUUAUCAUUUCAGAAUACGAGCGAGGAAUGAUGGAGGAUACGGCCCUUACUCAGACGCAACAGAAGUCACAACUGCAGCUGGACCACCCGCACAGUGCAGACCCCCAGUUUUAACAUUCCUGUCUGGCACAUGUGUACUUAUAAGCUGGGAGAGUCCUGAGAGCAAUGGCACUGAUAUCUCGGAGUAUCGAUUACAGUGGGCAAAGGAAGAAGAAGAACCAGAGUUAGUUUACAGUGGCACAGAUCCCUGUUUCGAAAUAUCUGGUUUGUUGCCAGCAACUGAUUACUUCUGCAAACUUCAGGCAGUAAAUUUAUCUGGUGUUGGACCUUUAAGUGAUUUAGUGAGCUGCAGAACUCCAGCCUCUGUCCCUGAUGCAGUAUCUAACCUUUUUGUGAUGGACGAUUCCCGUUUAGAAACAUGCAGUGUAUUAUCCUUGGUGCGACUCAUGUUAGGCUGGGAAGAGCCAUGCAGCAACGGAUCAGAAAUUAUUUCAUACAACAUUGAUUUGGGAGACAUUAUCAUCUCAGUCGCAAACAUAACAACUUACAUCAUUGAGAAUCUGCAGCCGGAAGCAACCUAUCAGAUCAGAAUCCAGGCAGUGAAUGAAAUUGGAGCUGGGCCGUUCAGUAACACAAUAAAUGUAAAAACGAACCCUCUUCCUCCAUUGCCUCCUCGGUUGGAGUGUUCAGCUGCUGGACCCCAGAGCCUCAAACUGAAAUGGGGAGAUAGUAGCAGCAAGUCACAGGCUACUGAUGAUAUUAUUUACAUUCUUCAAAUAGAGGACAAAAGCAAAAGGUUUCUUCCCAUCUACAGAGGACCAAGUCACACAUAUAAGGUACAGAGGCUGGCUGAGUUUACUUGUUACAGUUUCAGAAUACAAGCUGUAAAUGAUGCAGGAGAAGGACCAUUUUCUGACAUCUGCACUUUCAGCACAACAAAGUUAGUGCCUCCAACAAUUAAAGCACCGCGAAUCACACAAUUAGAAGGAAAUGCAUGUGAAGUCACAUGGGAGUCUGUUUUACCAAUGAAAGGGGAUCCGAUUGCUUAUAUAUUACAAAUCCAGGUUGGGCGAGAGGCUGAAUAUAAGCAGGUAUAUAAAGGAGAAGACACAUUGUUCCAAAUCUCAGGUCUUCAAACAAAUAUGGAUUACAGAUUCCGAGUAUGUGUAUGUCGUCGCUGCUUGGAUACCUCACAGGAGCUCUCUGGAUCUCUUAGUCCAUCGGUGUCUUUUGUAAUGAGACAAAAUGAACUCAUGCUCCCAGGAGACGUAUCACGUUUGGACAGCUCUAAAUUCAAGAGCAUGAUGCCUACUGAUGAACAGUUUGCCAUUCUCAUCGUUUUAGGCUUUGCAACAUUGUCUGUUUUGUUUGCUUUUAUACUUCAGUACUUCUUCAUGAAAUAAAUAUCCAACACAUGUUUGAGGUACAAAGUUAACUAAUGCUACGCAUUAUAAUCCAGACAUUUAACCAGUUAUUCAUUUUUUUUAAGAAAUACAAACUUUUUGAUUUUUUUUGUUCAUUUUUAAUUCAUAAUGUUACUGUUUAAGCUAGAUACACUCAACGUGUUUUGAUGCACCUUUUUGAAAUACUGAUCCAAGUAAUGGUUUCAGAACCUUUUACAUUUUGAUAUUAAAACCUUAUUCAACAAGCACAAAUCAUCAGAAGCUAUAGCUUAUUAGUCAUAUCAGCUGACCCAAUUCAUACAAGCUGAUUUGCUCAUCUCCGUUUUAAUAGUAUAUACAUUGCAAAGUAUUUACGAACACUGGGCAAUUUAGCACCAGUUCAGCAACCUAUAGCAAGCCGACAUUAUUGUUAUGGGUUAGGUGCACUAUGGUCCAGCAUUCAUAAAUCAGCGCCAAUAUCUCUAAAUCCUUAAACAUGUUAAAAAAAAUGUAAAGCAAAGUUUAACGCAAAAGGGCAGUGUGCAAUAGAAACCCAAGAAAUUAAGCUCUUACAAGCUGCAUUAAUAUCUCCCAGCUCAGUCUGACCAAAAUGUUCUAUACAUAGUCAUAGAAAGUCAUAAAACUGUUUAAAUGUGAAAACCUUUAAGUAUAUGAUUUAAAGUUGUAUCUAAAAAAAAAAAUACAAAUGUAGAAAGUGAAAAAACUAUGAAAUGAUCAUUUUUAUAUUUGCGUAGGUGAAAUACUUGGUUAGUGAUAAUAGCACUAAAAUACUGCUGAAGAGAAUUUCUUUUAGGUAUAACAGGUAUGCUUAGCAGUUAAACUAUUUCCUUUAUAGUAGCAAAGGAGGUUACUAAGUGCUGGCUGCCGGUUAUGCUUGCCAUUAUUAAUAUGAUGUGAUUAAUGUAAAUUAUAUUAUAUGACACUAAAGGGCAGAUUUAUCAAGGGUCGAAGUGAAAAUUAGAAUUGAAAAAAUUAGAAUUUAAA